UCAUUCAUUAGUUUAUACCUCGAUUUAGACGAAUAAUUUAGUUUACUUAAUAAAAGUUAUUAAAUUUACCCAAAUACCCUGUCAGUGUUAGUGAUUCUGGCACUUCAUAUACGAUGUGGGAUCCAACGCACGUUCAAGUAACGGUCCAAAGAGCCCGUGGACUACUAAUUAAAGGUAAAAACGGUACUAACAAAUGUUUUGUUACCAUUGCCCUCGGCAAAGAAAAAUUCCAAACAUCCGUGAAACACAAAGCCACUGAGAAUGUAGAGUGGCUUGAGGAAUGCGAGUUGCGUAUACCGUCCCAGGGUAACACUGCAGAAAUUGUUUUGAAAGUGUAUGAUGAAGACAUUGUUAAAGAUCAUUUACUAGGUCAAAUAUCGAUUCCGUUAAAAGACCUCGAUGUUUAUGAGAGGCCUAGAAACCGUUGGUACACUUUGCAGGGCAAGCCGGGGAAAGAGAAUGACAAAAAUAGAGGAGAGUUAGAGGUCAAGGUUGCCUUUACUGUAAAAGAGGGCAGUUUGACUGACCUCAGCAAAAAAGACAAACAUAAGUCAUCUUUAUCUAGCAUCGCCCAAAACGUAGGUGGUAGUCUUAUGAGCAUUGGCAGUAUCGAAAAACGCAAGGGCUUGAAAAAGUUUGCUAAGAACCUAGGAUCUAAAAUGAAUUUGACUAAAAAAGAUAAGAAGAGUGAUUCAUCAUCUCUAAGUGGAAGCAUUGGAAAUCUUAAAAACUCUGCACUGUCCACACCGGACCACUCUACCCCUAAGACUUUACCAACAGAGGCAGACCCAGGUGUCAUUAGUGAGGACGAAGAUGAAUUUGCUUUUGAUGACUUGUCUCACAAAAGUUCUGGCAGUUCUCUCAACGUCAAUACACUACCACGAGGGCAUAAAUACACACCUUCCCCAAUGAAUGCUUCUCUUGAAAACCUAGGGGGUGGAGAGUUUUUGAGAAGAUCUACUAGUAGUAAUUUAGCAAAUUCUGACAAGUCUGUUCCAGUGCCUCAAAAACCUGUGAGGCUGAGCCUCGACACAUUUACUCCUCCGAGGCCACCUUCCCAAAUUAUUGACAAGGAUGAUGAAUGGUCCCAAAAGCUUUACUCCAAAAAGCAAUCUCAUACAGUCAGCCAAACUAUGAUAGACAGGGAAAAAUCUGCAAGCCUUGAAAGAAAUAAAAAACUUGACAGCCCAAGCUCUUUAAAAGAAAAACCAAGUCCAAAAUUCUUUAAAAAGUUUGGUAACAACAACAAACCUAAAAAGUUGCUUGAAGAAAGAAUUAUUGUUGGAGAGGAAAAUAUUGUAGAAGAAGACUCCAUCAAUCCUGUAUACAACAGCAUACCCAAAACAGUUCUGCAGCAACUUGAAGGCAAAUCUAAAGAAGAUCUGAUUGUAAUGGUGUACAACAUGCAAAGAGACGUAGAAACAGAAAAGAAGAAAACCAAAGAUUUGGAAAAUUAUUUGGAUGAGCUACUAUUGCGAGUGAUGGAAACAACUCCGAGAAUCUUGCAAAACCCUUACUCGAGAAAUAACAGCAUGCACAUAAGGAAUAAGUGAUUCAUGUCCUAAUACUGGAAUGGACAUGUUUUUGAUAAAUUAUUUUCAUUAUUUAAUAUAUUUUUAAAGUAUUGAAAACAAUUAUGAGAAAUAAUGCUAGCCUUAUUGUUCUUUCCAAUAUAAUAGCCCAUUGUUCUAGAUUUUUUUCCAUUAUUACUACAGGUAUCUUAAGAAAGAGAAUGGCAUAUGUCUAUUUUCUAGAAUUUUAACUAAGCGUUGUCUAUAGGUUAAUGCUCAACUUUCACUAUGUGAAUGAGUGCAAACAGGCUGGUCUAAUGUACCUAAUCAUCUAUGUGCCUUACAUGUUUGAAAAAGUCUGUGAUACUUAUUGGUUAUAAAUCAAUUUGCCUUUGUUUUAUAAAAUGUGGUCAAUUGUUAACAUAUCUACUUAAGAAAUAAAUAUAUUUUCCAUUUUUAGUGCCAAACUCACAUCAUCCACAUAAAUUCUUUCUAAAAUGUAUUUAACAGUCUGUGGUUCCAAUCUUGGAUUUUUAUAAUGUAGGGUUUUUCAAACAUGAUUUUAUUAUUAUUUUGUAGUUUUUAAGUUAAAGUGAAUGUGUCCACUUUGAUUAACACCUUACUUUUAAGAAACAAUUAGACUUCUAUUUAUAAGAUGCCAGUGUGCAAUAUCUGUGUAGGUUAAGCAUUGUAAGUAACUGCACACUACUUCUAAAAGACUAAUUGAUAUUUAAAACUAGAUCUUUAAUUAUAUUUCUAAGCCCACGGGCCAACAUACAAUAAUUUACAAAGGAUAUUACAUAUUAUCUUUAUAGUGUAUCAAUGGUAUUUUGUUAUCAUUUCUUAAAUGCUUGUGAGGCAUUUACUAAAUAUGUUCUAAUGGUACUAUUACAUAAUGUUGAAGUUUUUUUUUUAUCUAUUUACAAAAUUUAUUUAUUUCCAUAUCAAUAGUAAGAUUUUCCCUAUUCAGUUGAAAUUGUUAAAUGUCUGAUUGACUUGGUGGCAAAACUGGACCUUAAAAAUUGUAGCUCAUGAUCUAUGUUGGCAGUGGCAACUCAUUGAUUGAAUUUAUUAAUAAGUACCUAUUUAAUUUAAUAUUGUUAAGUUUACCCCUAAGGUUUUUUUUUGGUUUGUGAUAAUUUUGUUCAAAAGACAAAUGGAACAAAAUAUAAGAGUAGGUUGUAUUCGACUCAUAGUUAUUAAUACAUAACUUAUGAGAGUAUUUAAUUAAUGGCUGUAUGAAAGUGCAAAAACAUGAGUAACAGCCAAGAUGAAUUAUUUAUUUUUUGAUGAUUAACAAAUUGUUUAUUUUUCCACAUUGGUGAACUACUAACUCUUAAAUUAAUUUAGUGUUUAUAUCUAAAAGUUAAGAGGCAGAUAAGUUUGCUAUAACACUGAGUAUAAUUGAAUAAAUUAUAUACUAACAAAUGCA